AUGGAUGUAUUUUUGAUGGUACGUCGCAAGAAUGUUACCUUGUUCUUGGAUGCCAAAGAGUCAACAACUGUCAUCGAACUGAAGAAAAUCAUCAAAGGAAUUCUGAAAAAAAAUUUGGACGAGAUUCUUUUAUACAAAGACAAUCAACAAAUUGAUGAGACGAAGACACUUGGGGACGUGGGCUACACUAGUGUGACUGCAAAAGCACAAGCACCUGCAACCAUUGGUCUGGUCUUCAAACAAGAUGAUGGCACAUUCGAACCUUUGGAGAUCACAGAACUCUCCACCCCACCCGACCUGCCGGAAGUGAUGAAACCCCAGGAGACUGCUGCCUCUCAUGCUCAAGAGUGCAAUUGA